AUGGCGUCCCUACGAAGUGAGCACACCAAUGGCGUAAACGGCGAAACACACCCCACAGUUAAAUCAUUAGCGAACCUUCGUUUUUCGGACAUUCCCUCUGCCAUUGAUAUUCCUGCAUCCACCCUCGACAGCGAGGUCGAGGUCAGUUUGGAAGGUCUUCCAGACGAUCCUACGGAGCUUUGCACUCUACUAGAGAAUGAAAAGGCCGCAAAAAAUUUCUGGGUUAUCAUCGCGCUCGCUUAUGCCAAACAGAAGCAAAUCGACCAUGCUAUCGACAUCCUCAACAAAGGGUUGACAUCGGUCGCUCAUGGAGCGACGAAAGAGAAGCUCGGCUUGCUGGGUUGGGUAUGCUGGUUGCUUAUGUUGAAGAGCCGACAAGCGCCCCGAGUGGCACCCGAAGGGGAAUUGUAUGCUGAGGCUAAAACAAAGGACCAUUACCUACAGCUGGCGACGUCAACAUUAAAUGAGGCAUCUCGCCUGAACCCAGCUUUCCCACCCCUGUUUUUAGCCCGCGGAGUGUUGUCCCUUCUGCGCGCAUCGUUGCAUCCCCCGAGGCCGGUUCGUCCUGGCACAGUUGACACUUCCGAACGUGUGGAGUCUCUUAGACAGGCUCUUAAAUGCUUCGAGGAGUCUUCAAAGGCCUUCGGGGGUCGAAAUGUGAUGGCGAUUCUUGGUCGCGCAAGGACACAGUACAUGCUUGGAAGAUAUGCAGAGGCACUGGAGGGUUAUCAGAAAGUUUUGAUGAAGAUGCCUGGUUUAACAGACCCUGAUCCUCGCAUUGGUAUUGGAUGUUGCCUGUGGCACCUAGGCUUUAAAGACCAGGCGAAAGCUGCGUGGGAGCGAGCUCUGGCAUUGAACCCUGACUCCAAAGUUGCCAAUAUUCUACUCGCCGUCUACUACCUCUACGAUAGUUCCCGACACGCCACGACGGAUCCUGCGUUUGGCUCCUUGUAUAAGGUGGCUAUGACCCAGUACACACAAAAAGCUUUCAAGUUGGAUAAAGAAUACCCCAUGACUGGCGCUUUGUUUGGGGGGUAUUUCCUUUUGAGGAAGUCAUACUCUACGGUCGAAACUUUAGCACGCAGAGCGAUCGAGCACACGGACGUGAUGCAAAUAGCCAGCGAUGGUUGGUUCUUGCUCGGUCGUAAGGCACAUUACGAAGGCGACCUUACUCGUGCUGCAGAAUUCUAUAACCGCUCUGACCAAGCUCGAGGUGGUGGUGAUAAGGGGUAUUUGCCUGCCAGGUUCGGCACGGUACAGAUGCAAGUGUCUAAUAAAGAUUACGAUGGUGCCAAAUUUCGACUGGAGAAGAUUAUACAGCAAACUAAGAAUCCAGAAUGCAUGAUACUGCUCGGAGCGCUUUAUGCGGAGGAGGUCUUUACCAGCGAGAGAAUUGGUAGCAAGGAAGACAAGUCAGCCGAAGCCAAAAAGGCGAUCAGUCUUCUAGAAUCGGUUCGCGCCCUCUGGAAGGACGAAGGCAAGAAACUCUCACCUGAAGAGUCAGUUUUGGUGUAUUUGGCUCGCUUGUAUGAGCGUACAGCGCCGGAGAAGAGCAUGCAGUGCCUGUCCCAGCUCGAGGAAUUGCAACUGGCAGCAAUUGUUGAGGAUGAACAUCGAGAAGGUCUUGAAAAUGAGGAGCAGCUCAAAGCUGCUCUUCGAGUAAACCUACCGCCUCAGCUUCUCAGCAAUAUGGGUUGCUUCUUGUACCAGGCUGAGAAGGUAGACCAAGCACGGACUAUGUUCGAAAUGGCGUUGAAUGCCUGCGUCCGGUCCCAGGAGAAAGAAAGCGAGCAUGACACGGACGCCCUGGUCACGACUAUCAGUUAUAAUCUCGGACGAACAUACGAGGCCUCCGACAUGCCGGAAGAAGCAAAGAAGGUAUAUGAAGGUCUUCUAGAACGUCACGGUGAUUAUACGGAAGCAAGCGCUAGAUUGACAUAUAUUGCCCUACGGCAGAGCCCCACGGAUGAGGGCCCCAAAAGGAUGGCCAAGCUGUACGAAGCAGAUUCGACUAAUCUUGAGGUCCGUGCUCUGUUCGGCUGGUACCUCAGCAAGUCUAAGAAACGGGUUGCAAAUCUUGCCGAGGACCAGGAGCAACGCCACUACAAGCAUACCCUGCAAUACUUCGACAAACACGAUCGCUACUCGUUGACUGGGAUGGGUAAUGUUCAUCUCAUGACAGCACGUGAUAUGCGCCGUGAGAAUGAUCAGGAGAAAGAGAAGCGCCGUAAGAUGUACGAGCGGGCAGUAGAAUUCUUCGACAAAGCUCUUCAACUAGAUCCUCAGAAUGCUUAUGCGGCUCAGGGUAUCGCCAUUGCUCUGGUAGAUGCCAAGAAAGACUACAGCACUGCAGUGCACAUAUUUUCGAAGAUUCGAGACACCUUGAGAGACUCUAGUGUCUACCUAAACCUUGGGCAUGUAUACGCGGAACUACGGCAGUACACACGAUCUAUCGAACAUUACGAGGCGGCGCUAUCGAAAGACCGCGCUCGUGAUGCGCAAAUUCUAGCAUGCUUAGGCCGAGUAUGGCUGUUGAAAGGAAAACAAGAGAUGAGCUUGUCGGCUAUGAAGACCGCUCUGGAUUAUGCACGACGAGCGCAUUCUGUCGCGCCAUCUCAGGUGCAUCUAGAAUUUAAUGUGGCUUUCGUACAAAAUCAGAUCGCCUCUCUAGUAUACAGUCUACCAGAGACGCAGAAGACUGUGCAAGAUGUGCAGGAUGCGUCUGAUGGUCUUCGUGAGGCGGUCGAAUCUUUCGGACGCAUUGCCCAAACCAAGAACCCUCCUUACCCAGCGGGAGCCUUGGAACAGCGAGCCAACAUGGGCAAGACAAUCAUCAAACAACUCGAACGAGCCCUCCAGAGUCAGAGGGAGUACGAGGAAAAGAAUGCGGCUAAACUUCAGCAGGCUCGCGAGGCUCGUGAAGCCGAGAUCCGGCGGCGCGAGGAGGAAGUUCGCAAGGCGCAAGAGGCAGAGCGCGAGCGCAAACAGCGAGUUGCAGAGGAACGUCAGCGAAUGGUGGAGGAGGCACAGCGAUUAGCGGAGCAGCGGGCGGAGGAGGAACGCGCACGCGAGGAAGCGGAGUUAACGACGGAAUCGGAGACAGGCGCUAAGGUGAAACGCAAGAAGAAAUCAUCUUCGACUAAACGCAAGAAGAAGCGGGCUGAGGACGACUUCAUCAGUGACGGCGAAUCACCGACCAGGGCUGGAAGCUCAGAGCCGGAAAGCGAGGGUGAAGCGGCCCCCAAGAAACGGCGGCGACUAGAACGUCGGUCGGGCGGGAAAACGCAGAGCAAGUAUAAGAGCAGUGAACUGGUGGUGGAUUCCGACGAGGAGGACGGGACCGAAAACGCCACAACGCCGGUGGCGGAAUCCGAUCACGAUCAGGAGAUGGCUGAUACCGGUGCAGAUGGAGAUGGGGAAAACAUGAUUCAACGGCGCCGAGCGAAGGUGAAUCGUCGGAUUGCUGACGACGACGAAGAGGAAGAGGAAGAAGAGAACCAGCCCGGGACGAUGGCAGUAUUAGAGAAUGGGGAUGAUGGUGCAGAUGAUUUGUUCAACGACAACGCGGGUGGUGAUAAUGAUGCGGCGAUGGAGGAAGAGUGA